CUGAUUCAAUUCUAAAGGGUUCCGACGACGAUGGAUUACGCUUAAAAUUAUUCAGUCUGGACUGUGGAAACUCGCUGUCUGACGGACCCCACCUGAAGACGGAAACAGCCAGUUUCCGAAACGUGGUUUCUUGUAAAUAAGGACGAUGGAAAAAGUCCAUAUAGUGAAUAAUUAGUUGACAUUUCUCAGAGUUGUAUAUUUUUGUACUUCGGUGUCUACGUGGGCGAUUGUGGUAUGUGUGGAACUUGUGUUACAAAAAGGCGCCGUUAUAACUGUUGUUGUUAUCACAAGUAAUGAUUUUGAUCUUGUGUUUAAAGUAGCUGCAUAUAUUGUCACGUAAUUACCCGUUUUAAGGUAAGAAGAAGAAUGAAACUCGAAACUGCCCUACACAACCUAACCUUACCAUACUCCGACGCAAUCAUUUAAGUUUAGAGUGGAAUAGAAUAGAAUUUAUUUACUUACUUUCCAUAGAUCCUUCAUACUCCCAGGUCAAAGCUGUAGAGCAUGUCAUAGCACAAAUAUAAUAGUUGUUUCUAAUACAAAUAUUAGUUAUGAAGUUAUGACUGUAAUUUACAGUCAAUUACAUUAUUACCCAAAAAAAUAAUUGCACAUCCAUCCCCAAUAUUGCUUGCAUGUAUUUAUAAUAGCUGAGAAUUUUGGGUUUGAGGUAAAUUCGUCAGUGGAGGUGGAGUGAGAUAGGAAAUACUGUUUUAGUGCUGGCUCAAACUGUUUUAUAUUGUGAUUAAGAAUUUUUAUAGUGGAGGGACAAUUAUUGAAUAGCAUAAUUUUAGUAUAGUUUUAGACAGAGUUAAUUGAUGGUGGUAACUCUUUGACAUAUAUAAGGAAAAGCAGAGGACCAAGUGUUGAACCUUGAGGAACUCCAUGUUUUAUAAUGCCCCAAUUUGAAUAGGUGCUAUCAUUUGAAGUUGAUGAUUUUAUUUUUACUUUUUGCAUUGUCAUGUAGGGACAAUUUAAAACACUGGCCAUUUUUAUUUUGAAUUCCAUAAAAAUGUUGUUUUGCCAGCGAUAAAGAAAGAUUUAUACAAUCAAAGGCUUUAGAAAAAUCACAAAGUAUUCCACUAACAUGCAUUUUAUUAUUAAGAUUUCGUCUGUAAAAUUGAGAAGGGCAUUUAUCACUUUAGAGACUUUACCUAAAUCCAAAUUGUUCACUUGAAAGGUCAUUUUUUGAGUUUAAAAAGUCUAUCUCUUAUACAUAACUGUCAAAUAUUUUAGAGAAAUCUCUUAGUAAUGGAAUAGGUCUGUAGUUAGAUAUGCAUGAUUUUUCACUUUUUUUAUAUAGAGGUUUAACUUUUGAAUAUUUAAGUCAUUCUGGAAAAGAACUACUGCCAUUGAUUGAUUUUAAAGACAACUUAAAGGAACACUAUGUAGUCUGCUCAGCUUUUGAGUAAAGUUGUUGAUAUUUAUUUAAUUUAAGUAGAUUUUGUAAACAUUUUUUAUUUGUGUCGUAUCAAACGUCUUCUGCUCGGUCCAUCAUUUGUUUUACAGUAAAGUAGUGAUGUUGUUCAGAUAAGAUUUUGUCAGUUUCUGUACAGAUGACUUCUGUGGGUCGUGGUAGAGGUUGGGGAGGUAACCAAGAUAAAGGAAUACCUUUACGUCGCCCUGGAGAGUUGAUCUUGUCUGUAGAUAUGGAGGUUGAUAGCUUGAUUGCUGCUGUCCAAGGCAUCAAUCUGCAGGAUGAAAAUGAAUCUGUGGCCACUCUUAAAGGGGUAGAAGAACUGCUAAAGAACCAGUGUCAGACAGAAGAAAACCUCAGGUUGGUUGUUCAGUGCCUUCAUGACCGCAGUCUUGAAGACCGACAGUUUGGUAUGAAGGCAGCCGCAGCAUAUGGGACUGUGGCAUCACUGGAAGUGGCAGGGGUCAAGCUACGUAAUAUUUUGCUCCUUGCUGUCCAAAAAGAUUUUGACGAUCGAGCACACCUCCAGACAGCUUGCAAUCUAAAGUUUCUGAAUGCUAUUGCUCUUUUGGGUGAGAUUUUCCACCAAGUACGUCUUCCGAAUGGAUCACCCAUAAAGAUUCUGGCAUUAGCUGUACUACAGUAUCAAGAUAUGCUGUUAAGUGGAGAGGAACAUGAGAUGGAGCUGUUUACAACUCAGCUGGCUGUCAAUGGCCGGAAGUUGUAUGACUGCCGGCCAGGUGAACUAGAAGAAUUGAUGCUGCGUGUUCGGACAACCCUUAUGUCACGGAACUUGAGUGGGCAGUGUCGCUGCUGGUUGCUGCUUGCACUGGACCUUGCAACAAAUCGCUAUUCUCCACUGUCAGGGCAGUUACAAGGGUUCUACCAGGUGCACCUGGGUGCAAAUGCCAUCAUGCAGCUACAGCGACUGCAUUUUGGGCUCAAGGUUGACACAAAUAGUAGUCACACACAAGCGAAUCUUGCCUGUGUGGCGGAGACAUCUGACGCUGUUACAGGGGACUCGGGUGGUGGAAAUGCAGAUGGCAUUCUGGCCAAGUGCAAGUCUGUAGAUCAGACUAUCAUAGAAAAUGGUGCAUUCAAGCCAAGAGGUGACGAAACUAGGACAGGACUGCUUAGUGCAAAACCUAGUGUCAGAGGUGGAAGGAAAAUGGGAGAAGAAUGCAGACAAGAAGAUUUGGAUCAAAUUAAAUUUGGUGGCAGCAGUGAUAGCGGUGGUAAGAAAUUUGUUCCAUCAGGAGACGAUCAAGUCCGGAGAAAGGGUUGGGGGCAUAAAAGACAAGAUGUAGAUCAAAAUGAGGACAUCUGGGGCACUCGUCGUGGGCAGAAACAUGAACCGUGGGGCCAUGAUGAUCGCUUUGUUAAGGAUGAUGACUUUUAUGGUAAGCAGGCACAAAGAGGUGAAGAGACAUUCAGACCCAGAAUCAUAGGUGGGGCCAGUGGGCUCAGAAGAGACAGGAAGGGAAGUGAUGGGAAGGACCAAAAGAGCACUCCCAAAAGUGAGACAAGUAAGACUGAACCUGAACCCAUUGCAGUGCCUCCACCACCCCUUACUGAAGAAGAAAACUGGGAUUGAUUAUAUAAGUUUGUCCUUUGCAUACAAUGAGACCCAUAUAAGUUCCUGUCAUUAAUUUCUUAUGCUGUCUCACUCAGCCUGGCAAGUGCAUGCUGCAGACACUGAAAGAAAUAUGAAGGUAUAUUUGAAUUUUGUAGGAAAGUAUGAAAAAUGCACCUCAUCCAGCUGAGAGGUUACAUGGUCCUUGCAAUUUUUUAUCAUAAUUUUUUUAUGCUCAUUCCCAGCUACUCUGCCUUACCUCUUAACUCAGCCAUUUUAUCAAUAUACUAAAGCUCUGCAGUGUCACAUGGUGAAGAAUUGAUUGGCAAACAAUCUACAUGUGUUCAAGAAAUCACAGGAAAUAGCUUCAUGCACUGACUAGUGACAGAAGAUAAAAGGACAUACGCAACAUAUGUUCUGAAAGAGAUAAUUUUUGUUUUUUCAUGGCAUAUUGCUGUGCAAUCAAGGUUGGCUAUGGUAAUCUGUAUAAAGUACAAGUAAAUGAUUGAAUCGUGUAUGGGAAUGAAUGUGUUAAGUUAUGAAAUUAACCUGUUUGUAAUUGUAUAUGUUUGGUUUAAUGUAAUAUUGCAUUGUAUAUAUAUAUAUAUGUGCGUGUGUGCAUGCAUAGAUGUUUUGUUUGGUCAAGGAAUGUUGCAAGGUUUGUUUAAUUCUAGGGUUCUCAAACUGUGGGUUGUUACCUCUAGAUAAUCACAUGUAACUUCAAAGGGGCUCAGAAGGUUUUAAAAUAUUAAAAAAAUGUCCUUAAAUUCUGA